AUGUGGGAUUCAAUAGAGGAUCCAAGUAAGCGACGCGAGAUUCGAUACGGCAACAACAUCUACGUCUUGUUCCGCGCUCUUUUACACUGCAAGAGGUUCUAUGGCCAGGACAGUCUCUGGGUUGCCAUUGCCCGCGGCUUCAAUACCAGCCCGACCAUCGUGAGGGUCACGUCUGAAAUCCUUACCCAAGCCAGAAGGGAACAGCGAUCCAAACCCAUAAAAGACAUUCCCGAUACGGCACGCGCUGCCGAUGAGUGGAUUGACUUUUUGGAUACCUAUGACCCGCGCCUCCGCAGCCUAUCUGACCCCGAAGUCUACAACGUCAGCGAGGCCUUCUUUAAGGCUCAAGAAAAGAAACAUCUCAACGCCGCGAGAGUGCCCACCAACCCUCGCCAGCGGCCCCUCUAUAUCACAAACCUGGACCGCCGUUCUCCUGAACGCUCACUUGAUGGGGGUAGUGCGCCCAUUCAGUCUCCGCCAGUCCAGCUAGAGAACCUCAGGGAGUCCGAUAGACACCGUGGCCGGUCGCCGCCUCUCCGCCGCAAACGCUCCGCCUCACCAGAGGAGGGUGUCUCCUCCAAAAUCAGGCGCACCGAUUUUGAUACUCGCCGGGACCCUCGCCUGGAACCGGAAAAACAUGGCGCUCUUGAUAAGCUGCCUACAAUCCAGCCGACACGAAGCCCCCCGCGGGUGAACCAGCCGCGGGCUGCUCAACCUGCUCAGCCUGUUAAACCGGUUCAACCAGUCCAAUCCACGCCUCAACCUGCUGGUCCUGAGGGAAACGAACCCCUUGCCAAGUCUCCAGGGUUAUCCGCGCGAGUAGCACAGGUUGUUCCUCAGCAGACUACUCCGGCAAACAGUGGAGUUGCUCCUGGUGAGCCAGCACAGUCAAAGCUCUCGGCGCAACCUGUUUCUCAAACACCCUCUUCCAUCCCGAAAGAAGAGUCAUCAUCACCUAAAGCACCAGCUCCUCCCGAUGUUGACGACGCUUCCGCGCUGAAAGCACGCAUCGUAAGCCUGGAGAAGCAGCUCGAAGAGGCCGAGAGCAAACGGACGAACCCAACACCUGUCCUAAGCUCUCCUCUUCCGAGCCAACUGGGGGAGGACAUGGUAGCAUUAAAAAAGGAAAUGGCCACGGCAACUAACGCCGUCAGCACUAUAAUGGAAUCCAUGCACGACAUUGUGGACAAUCUACAAUCCCUGCAAGGAGAGAUAUCGGCUCUCGUCGCUGAACAAAAGGACCUCAAAACGACUCUGCCACAAUCCAUCAGCAGCAGCAACGACGGCACCAAGAAUCCCUCGUUCGACCUCAACGCCAUCCUCCAGCCUCUUCAGAAUCUAGACAACACGGUCAACGCCCUCCGGGCCGAGGUCUCCGAGCUCAAGAGAAACCAGGCCGCUCUCUCUGCCCCUACCAGCCAAACAACCGGGAAUGACACCAAACAGCUCGAGACCCUCCUCCAGUCGCACACGGCCCGGCUCGACAAGCUGAGCCAGCAGAUGGCCUCGCUCCAGCAGGCGCAACAACAGCAAGCACAGCGACACUCCCCCCAGCCGCAGGGGCAGCCCCAGAGCCUGCGCCAGGCCAUGGCGGCCGCCGAGCGCGACCUCAAGCACCACCUGGCCACGGUGCAGGCGCUUUAUCACCGCGGCGGCGCCGGCCGGGCGGUGACGGACCGCACGGCCGACCUUCUGGUCACGCUGUCGGAGGCGGUGAGGGCCGCGCAGGCCGGUCAGGCGGGAAUCUAA